CAUGGUAUACUUUAUACGGCCAUUGCAUGGUGUAAUGUAAUCUUGCAUUCUUUUAAAAGCUAAAUCAUGGGGAAUUUAGGGUUUGGUUUUUUUCUUAUUUUGUUGGUGAACUUGAACAGUUUUCUAAUUUCUUUGGCUUGUCCUGAGUGCCCAAAGCCAUCUCCUCCUCCUAAAUGUCCUCCUCCUUCUCCACCGUUUGUUAAGCCUCCAUUACAUCCAAAACCACCGCACGUCAAGCCUCCCUACCACCCCAAACCACCCCAUGUUAAGCCACCCUUCCACCCAAAACCACCGCACAUCAAGCCUCCCUACCACCCUAAACCACCCCAUGUCAAGCCCCCCUUCCGCCCCAAACCACCACCAUAUAUUCCCAAGCCACCCGUUGUGACACCACCACCCUAUGUUCCCAAACCACCUGUUGUGACACCGCCACCGUACGUCCCCAAGCCGCCUGUCGUGACACCGCCGCCUUACGUCCCCAAACCACCUGUCGUGACACCACCGCCUUACGUUCCCAAGCCGCCGGUUGUGACACCACCCCCAUACGUUCCCAAGCCACCUGUUGUGACACCGCCACCGUACGUCCCCAAGCCGCCGGUUGUGACACCGCCGCCUUAUGUCCCCAAACCACCCGUCGUGACACCACCGCCUUACGUUCCCAAGCCACCAGUUGUAACACCACCGCCUUACGUUCCCAAGCCACCUGUCGUGACACCACCACCCUUUGUUCCCAAGCCUCCACCAGGCGAAACCCCAUGUCCGCCGCCACCUCCACCGAAGCAAGAGACUUGUCCUAUUGAUACUCUAAAGCUUGGCGCAUGUGUGGACGUGCUAGGUGGUCUGGUGCACAUUGGCAUCGGCAGUAGUGCUAAGGACUCCUGCUGCCCGGUGCUGCAGGGGCUGCUGGACUUGGACGCUGCCGUGUGUCUUUGCACCACCAUCAAGGCCAAACUUCUUAAUAUCAAUAUCAUUUUGCCCAUCGCUCUUGAAGUUCUUGUGGACUGUGGCAAGAACCCACCUUCUGGCUUUCAAUGUCCUGCUUAAGAAUUUAUCGACGAUAUAUAUAAGCGUCAUUCAAGUAUUACAGAUGAAGACACAGAUUAUUUCUUUCUGAAAGCAACUUUUCAUGGAAGAGAUCAUCAAAUAAUCUGAAUGCAUAUCAGGAAUGUUAAGUUUAUUAUAUGCUUGCGAAAUAAAUAAUUGUUGAAUCUGAUCAUCCAA